CGCGAAAAGGAGAUGGCAGAGGGAUCAGGGUCUCGGCAUCGAUCGCUGUAUAAACUGGUGGGCUCCCCGCCUUGGAAAGAGGCUUUCAGGCAGGGAUGCCUGGAGAGAAUGAGAAACAGCCGGGACAGGCUCCUGAACAAAUAUCGCCAGGCUGGAGGCAAUAUGUCAGGAGGAGCUCAGAACACCUUUCUCGUGCAGGAGGUGAUGGAAGAAGAGUGGAAUGCUUUGCAGUUGGCGGAGAGCCGGCCAGAGGCCUUGGCUCAGUUGGAGGAGCCGCUGGACCUGGCCGUGCUGGAGGAAAUCCAACAGGAGCUGAUUGAUCAAGAACAGUCCAUCAUCAGUGAGUACGAGAAGAGCUUGCAGUUUGAUGAAAAGUGUCUCAGCGUCAUGCUGGCUGAGUGGGAAGCAAACUCCCUCAUCUGUCCUGUGUGUACAAAGUACAAUCUGAGAAUAGCAAGCGGUGUGGUCAUGUGUCGGUGUGGCCUGUACAUCCCAUCUCAUUCUCCAGAGGUAACAGAGCAAAAGUUUCGCGCCUGUUUAGAAGACAGCGUGAAUGAGCACAGUGCAUGUUGUCCCCACACGCCGGCAUUUUCGGUCACUGAAGGAACAGAGGAAAAGUCCAGUCUUCUCAUGAGCUGUCUGGCUUGUGAUACUUGGGCUGUGAUCCUCUAGAGCCAGCCCUGAUGCACACGAUCUACUGGGUUGGAAACAAGUUCUGUCUUGAGAAGGGGCCUUGUAAAUACAAAUCUUUCAUUUAUAACUUAUUUUGUAUUAAAAUGUUUCAAAGUUU